CAGUUUGUAAAUUUGUAUAUCUUUUUAAUAUAAAUUAUAAGGUGCCACGAUGCGGAGAAUGACGCAACAACCUACAAGCACCAUUGCUUUUUCGGUGCAAAUUGGUCUUCGUAUUGUUGGUAUUUGGCCUAAUGCGCCAUACGCGCUAUUGUUUCGGGGUAUUUGGAUAUUGACCAUCAGCAUAGUGCAGAUUUUCCAAUAUUGGUGGAUUGUUCUUCACUUCGGCGAUGACAUGUCACAUCUGUUGGACGGUUUAAGUGUCACCACAGAGUACACAGUGAUGUCUCUGAAAUUAAUUAUUUUAUGGUUGAAUAGUCGUAUAUUUUACGACGCCCUAGCUGCGAUGGCUGCAGACUGGAAGGAAACUACCAUCGGCGAAAUGCACACCAUGACGACCAUGAUGAGCAAGGCCAAUCUAUCGCGGCGGUUCUCCAACGUGAUCAUUGGACUUCAUUCGAUAGCUGCGUGUUCCUAUGGCAUUGGCGUGCUUGUAUCUCACACCGACAACGCCGAUGGAAUUGAGACGCCCGUUCGCGAGUUCACGCUGAAGCUACAACUGCCGUUUGAGUGCAACGAGUCGCCAUUCUAUGAGCUCGUUAUGUGCCUGGAGUUCCUUCAUCAACUGGCAUCUUCCGCCACGACCGGCGUAUUGAACUCUCUGAUCAUCACGUUAAUCCUUCACGCAAGCGGUCAGAUAGAAAUUCUGUGUGACGCGUUGAGAGAUGUCUCUCCUGAAAAGAACAACCGACGUCUAGCCGUCUCCAUCAUGAAGGAGCUGAUCGGCAAGCAUCAAAAAAUCAUCAGUUUUUCGGACAAAAUCGAAAGAAUCUUUUGUUAUAUAGCGCUAAUCCAAUUUUUAUCGAGCACAUUAGUGACUUGCUGCUUAGGAUUCAUGAUCGUAACAUCGAUCGGUACAGCGCAAGGCUCGGAUAUGAUCGAUAGCUCGGCAUUAAUGAAAGCUAUAGUGUUUUAUAUGGCCGCUACGGUAGAGGCGUUUAUCUUCUGCUUUUGCGGAGAAUACCUCAGUGCCAAGAGCAAAAUGAUCGGCGAUGCGGCGUACAGAUCAAUUUGGUACGAUCUCGAACCUCAUGAAAGCAAGCUUGUCCUGUUGAUAAUAUUGAGAUCACAGAGAAGACUGACCAUCACGGCCGGAAAAAUUAUGGAUUUAUCCUUAGAAGGAUUCACGAGCAUUAUAAAGGCUUCUGUUUCGUAUGUGUCAAUAUUGCACGCGAUGUAUUGAGGUUUGAAGAGACGAGUCAUUCUGUCUAGAUGCCCAUUAUGAAAAUAGUAGGAUUUUUUUAUCAGUUCUUGCUUGUUUUGAUGACAAACCGAUGAUGAUAAAUUAAAUGUAGAUAAUACAAGAUGUACUAAUUUAACUUCCGCAGUUUAUAAUAAAAUGUUUAGAUUUUCACAUUUGCUAUUCACAU